AUGUCGAAUAGAAAUCAAUAUAAUGAAGAAAUAUAGAGAAAAUUAAUUGAAAUAGUAGAUACAUACGGAGGUAAGAAGUGUAAAAGUUGGACUCAAGUUGCUCGUAUUUUUGAAUUAUAGACUGGAAUCAAAGUCUAAAAAACAUUCGAUUUAAAAAAAAAAUGGGAAAUGUUCACCAAUUAUAAGGAAGAUUUAACGAAAAGUGAACUGAAAGCCUUGUAUGCUACUGGGGUAAGAUGUCGAGGACAUCACAAAGCAGGGAACGAAGAGUUCUUCAAACAGACCGGUAAAAAAUUGUAUGUCAAUCAAUAUAGAAAAUUGGUUGGUAAUUUCCUAUUAGCAGCCAUUAAAUUAUUGAGUCAAUCCUAUGUGAAUCCAAAGAAAGUCAAAUGCAGACAAUCAGGCUAGGAGAGAUUUCACAACAGAAUAGGUUAUGUCUCAAUCCACAUACUAUUGAGAGCUGUAGAAAUUAAUAAGUAUCUGGAUGAUUACUUGGUUUAAGAAUUGAAACGCUCAGCUGAAAAGUUUUAAUAAUUAUUGCUAAUACAUGCUGAACAUCAUGAGGAUGAAAGAAUUGCUAGAUUUUCACAUUAUCAUAAAGUAAUUAAUAGAAGAGAAUUCAAAAAGAUUCAAUUUUUUCUUGAUUAUGUUAAUGAAUUAAAAUAAAUUAGCAUCAAUUUGUAUUCAGAUUAGGUAGGUAGACAUCCAUUAUUGUUUCCUUAAAUUGAUCAAAAUAAAUAAUCAAAGAUAUACGAAUUAUUAAUUUGGGGAAAUGAUUGGUAAUCAAAGUACAACUUAUUUUAAGAGUGUGCAGCCAAAUCAGAUUGGGAAGAAUAUUCAAUGUUAAUCAAAAAAACAAAAAAAAAUGAUGAUAACAAAUAGACCAAAAAUAAAUCAUAAUAACCCUAAUAACAAUCCUCUUAAAUUAUCAAUCCAGAUUCACUUGAACCUGAAACUUCAAAGUUGAAAUUAAAUUCAUAUGAUUUAGUAUCUACAGCUACACAUAAAGUCUGCAAUAAUGCAUCAAAAUAGCAAAUCAAAUAACUGGAUAAAUAGGAAUUGAAAUCUUUUAGAGGCCAUUACUAUAGAGAUGGCUAAAUUAGAACAAAAGGAUUAACUACAAUCUUAUUUGAUACAGACAUGAGAUCAGAUGAGGAUGACCAGGACCAAUGUCAAAAUAUAGAAGAAAAUAGAAAAGAGUUUUUUGAUAAAAUGGAAGAAAUAUAUGAUUGUGUCUUCGGUGGAAAGGCUAGUUUAGUCUCCUUUGAAAAGAGCUUACAAUUUCCUAAUUGA